AGUCCUCUAGCUCCACGCAUCUUCAGGUUUCCAGCUGAGUUGAGCGCUUGGGGUGAUCCUUAGCCUUCAGCAUCCUGAAAAAAUGGCGGAACAUAUCUGAUCGGAAAAUGGUGCUCCGUCGACUAAAAUCCCUAAAACCGAAAAAACCUCUCAAAAAGCCUGCCUUCCUGAAAAAAAGGGAAAAAUGAAGGGAAGGAAACCAAUAUCGUUCAGUGCUGAAUCCUCUAAACCCGCUGAGGAUGGAGGUAUCCUCGCUGGAAGGAAUGGCGUGGGUGCUAUGCAUCCCCUUGAUUCUCCAGUGAAUGCUCAGGCACCUUCUGAGCAACUGAAAUUGGUGGCAGAGGGAGAAAAUAAAAGGCCUCGGUUCGAAGAAGGGUUUUAUGAGCUUGAGGCAAUAAGGAAGAAGCGAUUGCGACAGGGCAAAGUCCAGUACUUGAUUAAAUGGCGAGGUUGGCCGGAGUCUGCGAACACUUGGGAGCCACAUGAGAAUCUGUCAUCAUGCCCUGAUGUUGUUACUGCCUUUGAAAAGAGGUCUCGUGCACAUUCAGGGAAACGAUCCAGGCGUGGGCGUAAGCGCAAGUUAAGUGCUACUCUUACUAGAACAGAGAUGGGGCUGCAUCAUUCUGCUGCAGCUGCUAAGGUUACUCCUCAAACCAAAACAAGGAGAAGGCAGUAUGCUUCUGCUCCUGCUGCUAAGGAUACUAUGGGUAUUGAAACAAGGAAUAUGCCGUGUCAUUCCAGUGCAGCUGCCAAGGAUAAUGUGCCAGCUACGAAGGGAAUACCAUUGGUGGCUGUGCCCUUUCAAUGUCUUGAUGACUCAAGCAUUGAAAAUCAUGUGGCCAAUGAUGUUUGCAGGCCAAAAGUUUCUGGAAGUAGCAGGGCGCGGAAUGAACAUCCUUUAGUAACCAAUGGUUCCAGUCUGGAAAAAUCCGUUGCAGAUUCAGAGGAGACUCAAAUACUAGGAACUUGCCUUCCACCUGGGUUUUCUAAGUCUAACAUCGGGAAACCAGUUCGAUAUGGUCGUUGUGCUUCCAGUGCAGCUGCCAAGGAUAAUGUGCCAGCUACGAAGGGAAUACCAUUGGUGGCUGUGCCCAUUCCAUGUCUUGAUGACUCAAGCAUUGAAAAUAAUGUGAGCAGUGAUGUUUGCAGGCCAAAAGUUUCUGGAAGUAGCAGGGGGUGGAAUGAACGUCCUUUAGUAACCAAUGGUUCCAGUCUGGAAAAAUCCGUUGCAGAUUCAGAGGAGACUCAAAUACUAGGAACUUGCUUUCCACCUGGGUUUUCUAAGUCUAACAUCGGGAAACCAGUUCGAUCUGGUCGUUGUGCUUCCAGUGCAGCUGCCAAGGAUAAUGUGCCAGCUACGAAGGGAAUACCAUUGGUGGCUGUGCCCAUUCCAUGUCUUGAUGACUCAAGCAUUGAAAAUAAUGUGAGCAAUGAUGUUUGCAGGCCAAAAGUUUCUGGAAGUAGCAGGGCGCGGGAUGAACAUCCUUUAAUAUCCAAUGGUUCCAGUCUGAAAAAAUCCGUUGCAGAUUCAGAGGAGACUGAACUAGGAGCUUGCUUUCCACCUGGGUUUUCUAAGUCUAACAUCGGGAAACCAGUUCGAUCUGGUCGUUGUGCUUCCAGUGCAUCUGCCAAGGAUAAUGUGCCAGCUACGAAGGGAAUACCAUUGGUGGCUGUGCCCAUUCGUUGUCUUGAUGACUCGAGCAUUGAAAAUAAUGUGAGCAAUGAUGUUUGCAGGCCAAAAGUUUCUGGAAGUAGCAGGGCGCGGGAUGAACAUCCUUUAAUAACCAAUGGUUCCAGUCUGAAAAAAUCCGUUGCAGAUUCAGAGGAGACUCAACUAGGAGUUUGCUUUCCACCUGGGUUUUCUAAGUCUAACAUCGGGAAACCAGUUCGAUCUGGUCGUUGUGCUAGAUCUGCUCCCCGUGCUAUAAGGAAGACGGUAGGCUCUACUAGGAAGUUUACAGGAAAAUCUUCUGUUCAUACAAGUGAUGAUGCACAAGAUCCGAUAAGGACUACUUGUAGUAACAUGACUGCAUUUGGGAAAGAUGGGUUCGAAAACGUCACCAUUAAUGAGAUAAUGAGAGCUCUAAGCUGUCAAGCUUCUGUAAGCAGAGGAAUCUUAACCUUUGAGGCCAAGAGGUCUGAUGGAAAAGUGGUCAGAGUAACCAAUGAUUUUCUGAAGGCUAACAACCCCUUCCUGUUGCUAAAUUUCUAUGAUACAUACUUUCGCAACACUCCAGAAGCAGCAGGGAUGCUGGGAUCUGGGAACAGAUACUAGUUUUUGAAGAACAUGAAUGGGGUAGCAUUGCCUUGCCUAAUUGGUGUUGGCUUCCUUUAAAUUGUAGUCAGGAUAAAGCAUUUCAUGGUCCAUUCUGAACUGUGUGGCAUGUUAUCUUAGUGUCAGUUUGUGUCUUUUUUUUCUAGUUCUCUGAGUUACAUGGGAUUCAGAAUUCAGAAUUCAGAAUUCAGAUUCUUAUAUCUUAGGCACCUUUUUCAUUUUACUUAUUGUAAUGUGAACUUUGCUUCCUUUUUUAUUUUACUUAAUGUAAUGUGAACGUUGCUUCUUCUAAUAAAAGUUCAUUCCCCUCCUA